AGGAGGAGGAGGAGGAGGCCAUGGCAGCCUGAUAACAUCGGAAAGUGUCCGGAGUCCGCAACUAACUUUGGCGGAAAGUGUUCUCGUCGGCUCCUGAAAAAAAAAACUAAAUCUAAAGUUUUACGGCUAAUAGAACAAAACAUACCUGCACAAAAACAGCAUUAUGAGCUUGGACAAAGCCGAGCUGUGUGAUUCCCUUCUAACAUGGUUGCAAACAUUUCAGGUGCCAUCAUGCAAGAGCAAGCAAGACCUCACAAGUGGAGUGGCCAUUGCACAUGUCCUAAACACAAUAGACCCCUUUUGGUUUAAUGAUACCUGGCUGGGGAGGAUCAAAGAGGAGAGCGGGGACAACUGGCGGCUCAAGGUCAGCAACUUGAAAAAGAUUCUCAAGAGCAUGCUGGAAUAUUACCAUGACAUACUCAGUCACCAGGUGUUGGAAGAGCAUUUGCCAGAUGUGAAUCUCAUCGGUGAGAUGGGGGACGUUACUGAGCUGGGCAAGCUUGUGCAGCUCGUGUUGGGCUGUGCUGUGAGCUGUGAGAAGAAACAAGAGCAAAUCCAGCAGAUAAUGACACUUGAGGAAUCUGUCCAGCAUGUUGUCAUGACAGCCAUUCAGGAGCUUUUAUCAAGGGAGACCUCAUCUGAACCAGGAAGCCCAGAAACUUUUGGAGACUUUGACUACCAGUCCCGAAAGUAUUAUUUUUUAAGUGAGGAGGCAGGUGAAAAAGAGGAUCUUCGUCAGCGCUGUCGAGACCUUGAACAUCAGCUGUCAGUGGCCUUGGAGGAGAAGUUGUCGCUCCAAACAGAGACUCGUUCUUUAAAGGAGAAGCUGAGUCGCUGCGAUUUGCUGGAUGUCCCCAGUACUGCCAUCACUGGCAAGAAGCUGCUGCUCUUGCAGAGUCAGAUGGAGCAGCUGCAAGAGGAAAACUACAGACUGGAGAACAGUCGGGAUGACAUGCGUCUACGUGCUGACGUGCUGGAGCGUGAAUUGGCCAACGUACAGCAAAGGAACGAAGAUUUGACCAGUCUAGCACAGGAAGCACAAGCCCUCAAAGACGAGAUGGAUAUUCUCAGGCACUCAUCCAACCGGGUGAACCAGCUUGAAACUUUGGUAGAGACUUACAAGAGGAAGCUGGAAGAUCUGGGUGACCUGCGCAGACAAGUGCGCCUCCUGGAGGAGCGCAACACUGUGUACAUGCAACGGACCUGCGAGCUGGAGGAGGAACUCCGCAGGGCCAGCGUCUUUCGUACUCAGCUGGACAACUACAAGAAGCAGGCUCACGAGCUUCACACCAAGCACCAGGCCGAGGCCAUGAAAGCUGAGAAGUGGCAGUUUGAGUACACGAACCUUUAUGACAAAUAUGACUCACUCCAGAAAGAGAGAGAACGUCUGAUUUCAGAGAGGGACACACUUCGGGAGACAAAUGAUGAGCUGAGGUGUGCUCAAAUCCAACAGAAAUGUCUCGGUGCAGGAGGCUUGUGUGACAAUGACGGCACAGUAGGAAACCUCGCUGCAGAGAUCAUGCCCACUGAGCUCAAGGAGACAGUGGUGCGCUUACAGAGUGAAAACAAGAUGCUGUGCGUCCAGGAGGAAAACUACAGACAGAAAGUUGUAGAGGUGCAGGCUGAGCUCGAGGGGGCUCAGCGCAGCAAGAAUGCUCUAGAAACCCAAAACAGGCUGCAACAGCAACAGAUCUGCGAGCUCCGUUCUCAGGUUGAAGAGCUUCAGAAAGCCCUUCAAGAGCAGGAUAGCAAGACUGAGGAUUCCUCCUUAUUAAAGAAGAAGCUGGAAGAGCAUUUGGAGAAGCUUCAUGAAGCUCACACUGAUCUCCAAAAGAAAAGAGAAGUUAUUGACGACCUCGAGCCCGAAGUGGACAGCAACAUGGCAAAGAAGAUCGAUGAACUCCAGGAGAUCCUGCGUAAGAAGGACGAGGACAUGAAACAGAUGGAGGAGCGGUACAAGCGUUAUGUGGAGAAGGCAAGAACGGUGGUGAAGACACUGGAGCCGAAGCAACAACCAGUGACUGUCGCUCCUGACAUUCAGGCCUUGAAGAACCAGCUGACGGAGAAAGACAGAAAAAUCCAUCACCUGGAGCGAGAUUAUGAGAAGAGCCGGUCCAGACAUGACCAGGAAGAGAAACUCAUCAUUAGCGCUUGGUACAACAUGGGGAUGGCCUUGCAUCAGAGAGUGGCGGGUGAGAGGCUGAACUCGCCCAACCAGUCCAUGUCCUUCCUGGCCCAGCAGAGGCUGGCCACCAACGCCAGGAGAGGCUUCACUCGACCGCACCCAAGAUGAGUCUUGAAAGAGAGAAUUCUACACCCCCCCCCCCCAAAUCCCCUUUAUCUCCGUGCCUUUUGUUUGCUCACCGGACAUGCCCCCUGGUGGCCUAAAAGGGUACUGCGAUGAUUUCCAGAGGUUGAGUUGCUGUUUACUUCAUGUUGAAAGAGCAAUAACUGGAACACAUACAACCUUAAAAAUCGGGGGGGGGGGUCUUUCUCACCUUUUAAGGUGAUUUUUAAUUGUCUUUGUUCUCUUGGAGAACGGUACACUUUUUGUGUUUAGCCUCUUUUUUUUUUUUUUAUUGAAUUUUAAGUUUAAUAGAGUUUAGUGUUGUCGGGAUUCUAGUUAAGAUUUAAAGCGUGAGCUGAGGAAGGUUUGAAAUGCAGCCUUGGACUACUUCCGUCGUACAACGUGUUGAGCUACACUGGAAUACCUCCAUUUAUACACUGCACAAACGCUUGAGCUGCAUUUGGUUUGGUGCAGUGUUUCCUCUUCCUGCUCUCCCCCCCCCCCCCCCAGCCCCCCUCAUAUAGAUGAGCUUCAUCCGCGGGAGCGAAUAGUUCCUCUCUUGUUUCCACUGGAAUAAGAACUUUGACGAGCGGCCAAAGCACAUUCCCAUAGCAGCGGGUUUGUCGAGUGCCUUCAGAAAGACACCAAAUCCUUGCCGUCCGGUUAAAAAUGAAGUAUGGGAUAUUUUUCAGUGCUCUGACAUUGCGUCCCUCCAUUUGUCGUAGAUUUCUGUAGAUGUUAGUCGAAUAGCAUGUCACACUGCAUGUUUUUAUUUAUUAGCUUUAUUUGCAUGUGAUUCUCGUACAUGUAUUUUGUUUUCCCCCAUUUGAAGCAGGGUAAUAAUGGCUGUGGGUCAAACCUAAAAGCACGCAACAUCUUUUAGGCUCUACACAAAUGUGAAUGUCUGCAGUUGAAUCUGAUGGACUCGUCGCAACACUAAGGUUUUGCUUUUCUUUAAGAUGAACUACUUCAUACGCAGGAAUGUGGAAUUUGUCUGUUCACAAGAUACUCUGAACUCAUAAAUGGCAGUUUUAUCAUCUCUGCUUAUUUUCUACAGAUGAGCUAACUUGAGCGUGUAGCGUAAUACUACAUCCCAUGUCAAAGCUGCUACUUAGUGCCUUGUCCUUCAUCCCUGUCAAAAUAUGCUGUCCUCUUUCAUGACCCAAUUUUUUUGUGUGCACUUUUUUUUUUUUUUUGUGGUUGAUCAUUGAGUUAAUGUUUGGCAUUUGCAUGUUUCCUUGUUUUCUGAGAAAAUUGGUCAAAUAGAUCGUAGCAGUGUUCUUCACGCGGGGAUGUGGCAAGUUUAACAUGUAGUAGUCCUUUCAACUUUUGCACUACAAAUAAAUGGGAAUUUAAGACAAAAAAAA